CCGAACUCGACGGCCCAUUUUGCAGAGGCAGAGCAGAGAGCAAUGGCUCAUUCCAGCUUGCUUUAUCCAUGGUCCGACGUUGCGGUCACCCCCGCUGAGGUGUUGAGCCGAACUGAAAGCGUGUCCUGCGACGUCGAAUCUGCUACAUGGCCCGAUCUGCUAACAUCGAUGAAAUAUCGCACAGAUACGCGUUAUGCGAGGGCAACAUAAUGCUUACGUGGUUAAAGACCUUCCGCCUCCAGGGCCCUGCCGAUCUUUGAAUCCUACGACGCGUUCAGCUUCUCGAAGCGAGCUCCGACGAUGCUCUCUUGCAGUGCAUCGUCCAAUGCCAAAAGCAGCGCAUUUUCAUCAGGUCGAGCAAGACACGCCGACGAAGGAAUACAGCUACGACGACCAGAGAUGGCGUUCAAAGCCAUUGACUCCGCACCAGAUCCUGGUUAACGAUAUUCGACUGGAAACUCUGCGUCCUUCGCGAGGCCCCUUAUUAGAGUGCCACGAACGUAGUCCGCAGACUCUGGUUCCCGACACUGCAGCUUUCACGCCUUCUGCAAGCUUGAUGAGAGUCAACGAGGCCACCGAUAACCCUAUCGAGAAACAGAAAUACACCAACCUGGAAGAGGACUUUGGCUGGAUUCGGUAUUUGCGAUCGCGAAAGUUGCAGAAAAAUGCACUCGACGACGAAGAUGCGGCGAAAUGCCGAUGGAUCCACUGCUCGUCAAAGUUUCCGGAAUACAUUCGAGGGUUCCUAUGGGCACUUUCAGACGACCUGAACACCGUGGCGGAUUCCAUGCGAAUGCUUGACAUUGUCAUGCAACGACAGACUCGUUUCUCCAAACAUGGCAAAUCAUUUCAGCCAUUCUCACAGACGCUCAGAUCUGCUACCACAGAUUCUCGCACGCGAGACUUGUAUCCCAUGAUGAUCUCUGUGCCUUUUCUUGACUGGACAGUACAAGGGCCGACCCCUCCACUGAGAUUCCAGGUUGACAAGCGUGAGGGCUUUCUCAGCGCAAGAUCAUCGGCCCAUAUUGUGCGAUCUAUUUUGCAAUACUACUAUCGACUGGAAGAUACUCAAGAUCGCGAGGAUACUCAAGUCUUCUCCAAGCACAAACCAUGGCGCACGAAUCGGGAGCUGGACCUCAAGGUCCGGCAGUGGUAUGGCCAGUAUCCGACAGCACUAAAUGUUGAUGAGCUGUGGAUCCUCGCGAUCGACGCAGAGCACAUCGUGACUUUUUCCUCUAACCAGACUUGGAAAUCUCGCUGGCCACCUUUCCAGCUCACUUCUCGGAUUGCCGACGUCUCAUUUCGUGGUAUCCGAAACAACUACUUCCGGUCAGACGAAAAGAGAGAAUACACUGCAAUAACCCAUGCUAUAGCGAGUCUGAGUGGCGCUGUUGGCAUGAUGCACCGGAAUUUCUGGCCAGACCUGUAUCUGUGUUUGGCUGAUAGAUAUGCUGGACAUCUGGGACACCUGCAAUAUCGAUUGCAUCGCGCUCCUUCCACCAAGCUGGUCAUGGAUCUUAUUGCUUGCCAGGAAGAAUUAAACAUUGUCAUUCAGAUCACAGAGCAACAACUCGAUACUAUCAACGACCUGCAAAUGUCCAUGGAGGCCGUUGAGCCCAAAACUGAGCCUACGAAGGCCACAACGACCAAGGUGCCAGCCUCGGAGCCUGACGAGCUCGACGACCACGAUCUCACCAGAAGUUUCGUGUCUCGAAGAUCGACCUAUCGUCAGUUGUCAGCAUCAGUCCUGUCGGACCCCGUUGCCCAACUGGUGGACAAUCUAGAGCGGGAGCUGGCAGAUUUGCGCGAUUUGCGUGACAACACGGAUCGACUUGUGACUCGCACAAUACAGCUCGUCAACAUACGUCUGGAAGACCAUGGCAAGGCGAUUCUUGUUUUCACUGUGGUUACCAUUGUCUUUCUGCCACUGAACUUCGUCUCGUCGUUCUUCGGCAUGAACUUCAGCGACAUUCGAGACAUGGAAACCACGCAAUGGCUCUUUUGGGCAGUGGCUGUGGCAGUCACUGUGAGCGUCGUUGCUUCUGCUGUGUUCUUGGCUUUCAGUGGCGGUCCUUUGCUGGAGAAGGUAAUGAUGUGGCGAGACGCAAGACGAGAUACACGCAUGUCCACAACCUCUUCUCUGCGACAAAGAGCUGACAGUCAUGGGCGAUCUGGCUUCCAAGUUUUUGGCACAGACAAAGAUGCCUACGGCAGCCGCUCGAUGCAAGCAGGCUGAUGGAGAUCAUUUGACAUUAAGCGUCAUGCGACAUGGCAAAGUCUAUGUACAACAGAACUGGUAUCCACCGAAAGUAUGUGUUCAGGCCCUUCCCCG